GCUUUUCUAGGUCUCCAGAGAGAGUCCAAUCCCUGUCCUGUAAUAACUGUAGAGCACUUUAAAGAAUCGACGGGUGUUAAAGGCCUUCCUCUGUAUCCAGACCCAUCCAGAGUACCUGACGCAAAGACUCAGAACAACUUAGAAUCUGACUACUUGGCCAGAGAUGGCCCUUCAAGCAACAGCUCAUUCCACAGUAGUGAAGAGGAAGGGACGGACCUUGAGGGAGACAUGCUAGACUGCAGUGGGUCUCGACCUCUUCUUAUGGAGUCUGAAGAAGAGGAUGAGAGCUGCAGGCCACUCCAGGGGAAGCUGGGGGGAGCCACUCCAUUCAGUCCUCCAGAAGUCUCUACUGACCAAGCAAAGACAGCACAAGGUGGAAGAAAGAACCAGUUCCCUGCUCCCACACAGCCAACCACUGAUGGUCUCGGUGAGCCAGAUGUUUUUGCCACAGCCCCGUUCAGGAGCUCCAGGCUUCCAACUGAUGACACAGACAUUUUCUCCAAAGCCCCAUUUGUCUCCAAGGGCAGUGUGGCUUCUUCCCAGCUGGAGGAGGCAGAUGUAUUUUUGAGAGCCCCAUUUACUAAGAAGAGGAGCAUGGAGGAGUUAACUGUUGUCCAGAGCACCUCCCAGGAGUUGCCUGCACAAGCCAGUCUCCUCAGUCAGACAGGUGACACCCCUUUGCUCUCAGGCCUUGAGAGAGCUGUGUACACCUCUGUACGAGGUCAGUAUGGUAUGGCUGGUUUUGCGCAACAGUCUAACCUCCCCUCCCCUUCUAUGCAAGCAGCAGACCAUCUUGACAGCAUCUCUCCCAAGGGAUCCUCCCUGGAACCUGGGAGCUAUCCUAAUGACAGAAACAAAGGACCUCAGCUCCAGAAAGAAGGUGUUUCAGGCCCCAUGGCUAGCAAAUCAUUCCGACCCCAGUCCUUAUCCAAAUAUUCCCGUCACUAUAGCCCAGAAGAUGAGCCAACUCCAGAGGCCCAGCCCAUUGCUGCCUACAAAAUUGUUUCACAGACCAACAAGCAGUCAAUAGCUGGCUCGGUUUCCAUUACACCCCUUUCCUCCAGGACUACGGAGCUGCCAGCUGCUGAUCCCUUUGCUUUAGCACCCUUCCCUUCAAAGUCAGGCAAGCAGAAACCUUAGAAGUAAGACCUGAGCCUUAGGCCUCUGUCUCACUCCAGCCUCAAUGCCCACCACGUCACUCCCACCUGAGUCUUUCUGAAAAGAAAUAUUAUCAAUUAUUAUCUUUCAGUUCCCUGCAUCAGAACAGAACUUCAAUCAGCAAACUUAAUUGCAGUGAUAUGUAGUUGAAACCCCUGUAAGUUGUAUUCAUUUAUUUUGUUUAUGUUGAUUUAUCGAUUUUCAGACAUUUCCAUCUCCUUCAUGGAAGUUUCCCAACUCCACCCAGAACUCUGCUUUUUUUUUUUUUUUUUCGCCCAGGAACUGUUUAAAUCCAGAAAUACUUCAUCCCCACCCCACAGGGGCCAUUACUAUUGCUAGUUUUAAUUCCCGUAGCUCCUAUUCUAAGUUAUGACCAUUGAAGAAUCAAGAUUAUUCCCUCCAGGGCUUGAUUUAAUACUAUUGGAAAGGAGAGAUUUCUGGAAAGAAAAGCAAGAUAAAAUCCUGCACAUCAAGAAGAAUAUAAUCCCACAGCUACUAACCAUUCUGAUAGAAGCAGCAGGUCUAGAAGGAUUCUCUGGAUCUGAGCCUGUGUGAGCCAGGCUGGCCGCCGUGCACGCGUGUCUGCGGGCGUGUAAUGUGCAUCAGGUCCUUUCCUAUGUAGAAAUACUUGGCAAUGGGGUAACUGUGCUCGUGCCUGACCAUGUUGGCAGGGCCUUAUCCACAUACAUGCUUUUUAAAUUGGCCUGAGUGUACAGGUAUGGGUAUGUGUGUGCAUGUGUGUGUGUGCACACAGGAAGCAUUUCUCCUUUAAGUAAAUCCUGUCCCACUGCACCUGCCUCUGCAAUCACAUCACUCAUUUACUAGCAUUUGUCUGCUCACCGGACUUGAACGCCGUUUUUAUUUAUUUAGUUUUCUUCUCAUGGCAAGAUUGAAUUCAGUGAAAGAUGUAGAGAGGUCCUGCUGGAACUGAGGUUUUAGAGUGGACUUUUUUCUCCAGAAUUUGCUCUUUGCCAUUAAUAAAUUCCAUUUGCCCAAUUGUGAAAAAUUUAUUAUCCUUAUACAGUUUUCCCUCAUAAUAAUAGAAAAGAGCACCUUGUUAUAGUUUGAACCUUGUUACAGUUUCAGCCACUGAGUGUGACUCGGUGCCAUCAUUAUGCAAUUCAUUAAUCAUAAGACUAGGCUACAAAGUAGAUUUGUUUGCUUUUUGUUUUUUCCCACAUCCUUGCUGUCUUUCUCUGUUGCCUCUUGAGGAAAUGUAAAUCUGAGACAUACAAAUAAGUCUGUCUGACAGAGUGGAAAAGAGCUGAAUCAGCCAUGAGAGCUUUUAAACUCUCCGUCCUGUUCAGAUGUUGAAGUAGGCCAGACAGGUGACUGACUUGGUUUUUGAAAAUGUCUUUUAUUUCCGGACAGACAUUCCUCCCUUUUUCCAUUCUUUUUAUUAUUAGUGCCUUAAAAUAAUACCUAUGUCUGAAUGUGAAGACUUCUGCUAAGGAAGUUCGACUUCAUGGAGAGAGUCACUGCCUCAAGUUUCAACUUGAAAGCAUCCUGUCAGUUCUAGUACAUGUUAGUGAUUUCUCCAUUAGCUAGAGAAGUUCCCAGAGCUGUUUACCAUGCCAGAUUAACAAUUUAAGAAUUAUUAGAAUUCAUCCAAGAAUCAAGCCUAAAUGUCAAUUUCUGUUGAAAUUGAGUAGAUCUGAUACUCUUUAAAGUUCAGGGAUCUUGGCUAUAAAAUAACAACAACUAUUCAGCACUUUUUUCUUUUUUGGUUAGUCUCUACCUAUUUCAAAUGUCCAGGAUAAAAGAUGAUUGGCACUGUGUCAGGGUUACCAGCAGGGAUUUUCCUACUGAGGUCUCAGUUGUACUAGAAUAUCUUUCACUUUGGUGGAGGAUAAAUGUUUGUUCUAAGGAUUUGCCUUCUCCCAAUUAUCAUUCUGAUUUUUCUGUGUAACAGUGGAUACAAAAUUGUCUUUCUAGUUGAAUGAAUAAUUCUAGCUAAUGUACAUGGAACUCUGUACCACAAAUUUUUCCCUUAUCUGGAGAAGCCCCCCAAAGCCUAAGAGGCUAAGAAUAUUUGGAGAGUGUUCCCACCUCAAAUUAGAAAUGGUUAAAAGUGAGAGGUCGCUCUAAUUAACUCAUCCAAAUAUUCAAUAUUACUUGUAUAUCAGCCCUAUAAAAUGUUUUUCCUUUGGUUAUUUGAUCAUUCCUUCCCAGUCAAGUGGCUAUUUUAAUUAUCAAAGUACAAAUUAGAGGCCGGUGUUAGUGGCUCAUGCCUAUAAUCUUAGCACUCUGAGAGACCCAGGCAGGCGGAUUGUUUGAGCGCAGGAAUUCAAGACCAGACUGAGCAAGAGCGAGACCUCAUCUCUACUAAAAAUAGAAAA